AUGUCCACGUACUACGUCUACACACUCACAAACGUUAAGCGGAACGUCAUGUAUGUGGGUGUCACCAACGACCUGGGGAAACGCGUCGCCGAACAUCGCUCCGGAAUGGGUGGCGCGUUCACAAGACAGUACCGGGUUCACACCUUGGUCUACGCCGAAGAACAUCAACAGAUCGAAGAUGCGAUCGUUCGAGAGAAGCAGAUCAAGGGAUGGCGACGAUCGAAGAAGGACGCCCUGGUCGAAACGGCCAAUCCGACUUGGGCCGAUUUGCUCGAUCCCAACACCGCAAAAGGUCCCUCGCUACGCUCGGGAUGA